AUGCAGCAUUCAAGGGCUCUUGCUGGGCUCUGCAAUCUAGGACGCUGCUACAAGCAGACAACCCGGUCAUACUCUACGAACAGCCCAUUUGCAUCUUUUAUUUCAGAUGUUAAGGUUCCAGAGUCAGUAGCUGCUUCGGUAGAAGAAACGCGUCGGAGUGCCCCAAGACUUAGUUCAUUGGGAGACAUAGAAAUUCCCUCUAUCAUUCCAUCAUCCACCACUUCUCUGUUUGCUGCACGCGCUGCUCAGAGGCAGAAAAGGCUGCUGGCUGAGGCUGCACCAAAAAAGAUCGAGGCUAAAGUUGUAAAUACACCGAAGCCAACUUCGCCUGCUACAGGUUCUCUGCUAUCUAGGAGGUCUCAAAGACCCCCGAAAGAUGAGGAGAGACGUUCCAAUGAUGGACCCUCGAGCCCGCAGACUGCCGCUCACCCUCGUCUGAGACGGCCCCUUCCUGCGGAGACUAGGUCAGCACCAGCAGAGAUUAGAUCUGCGCCAGCAGAGAUCAGGUCGGCACCAGCAGGAAUGCGCACAGACCGACGGAGGGAAAGUUCAAGGGUUCCAAAGCCAAGCCGCGUUGUUAAGCCCACAUCUCCCAUCGAGAAUCUUAAUAAAGUCAACAAAUCCGCCCCGCCACCAUUGCAUGUUAGUUUCAACAACACUGACUUGUCGGAGCUGUUCAGUUCCCCAGCCCUCAUUCCAUAUGUCGUUCAGCCAUCAGUUGCACAGUCACGCAUUGACUCACGGAUGCAACUCUUGAAAGAACGUGCCGGCGAUUACUCGCGAUAUCUUUCGGGAGGCGUUGAAUCCACAACACAAACGCAAGGGUCGAUAGAUUACGCGAAGUUGAUUUUGGCUCGUAGGAGAGAAGUUGGAUUGAAGCCGAGGCGCGCCGCUGUGGAGCUCAUGCGUCAAGCAGGACUCAGUUCCACGUCAGGUAUGCGAGACUUCACUACAUUCAAGACAAAAACUUAA